AGAGAAGUGCUCCGAUGAAGACGGACGUCAGAGAAGUGCUCUGAGGGAAAAGCUGGCGCCUCGGGCCUUUCAUCUAGAGGACUCCUGCUGGGAGUGCUGCUGAAGAAUUGUCGAGCAAGCCGACUGUCAACAGAGCCUUGAGUAGAGGGUGAAGUUCCGGGCGUGUUUGUAUAUCCCAAGAGUAGACAUUGGUAGGUCAGUGAAGCAUCGAACAUGGCGUCUAAUAGACCCAUUGCAAGCUGCAUGCUCCUUGUUUGUUUGAGCCUUACCGCGGAUUUCGCGUCAACGGACUCAACAACAUCAAGGCACAGGCAUAGCGAGGCGUGUGCGAACUGCAUUUCGGGGGACGAGGACGGAGGGAAGGUGACGACUCUGAAAGUCUUCUGGGACGAGGUGAAAUCUGCGGUCAAGGACGUUGAGGGGGAGAUCGCACAGAAACGCAAAGAAGGAAAGUGGGUUGAUAGAAGUGAUCCCAAGGACGUAGAGACAGACGCAAAGAACAUGAAAAAGACGAAGGUCAGCGGUUCGUGGUCAGCAGUAGCCAGACUGUCCGCCAGAGUGUCCCGCCUUGAAACCAACAUGUCGCUCGUACUCGACCAGAACCAGUUCUUGAGGUCUGAGGUCGCCAACCUGUCGGCUCAGAUGGGAGGCAAAGGUCAAGGUCAAGGAAAACGGCGACACUUGAGGAACUACAUGGAGCACCUUGAAGAAAGCAUCGGCUACGUCGAGAUGGAACUGGACAAUGAGCGCAGUAAGAUGAAUCGCUACCAGUCAGAACUAUCCACCAUCGCCGUCAGGCAGGACGAACUAGAAUCCAAGAUGGCGGACUUGGCCAAAAGAAUUACCCAGAAGCCUCGGCGCAAGCACAGUAGUGUCGUCACCAACGCGAUUGCUCCCGCGGUCCCGGAUGUGUCCGUGGAAGAGGCUGACUACGACUACGACGUUGAAUUUGUGCCCGAGCCAAAAGGACAGCGAUAGGUUGUAAAUCUAACGUUGUUGUGAAACCCAGGAGCAUCUCACAGCAAGGCGAGACAUCCUGAUGUCAUGGACAAGCCGUCAGUGGCACACAGAGUGAUAAAUCGAUCUUAAGACUGCAGACUAGGUCAUGGCCAAGGCUGUAAUUUUCUGUGCUGUAGGAAUGAGCGCGUGUCUGUGUUGCGCUAGACAAUUAGUGCUUCUAUGAUCGGUUUCAAGUCUGAAAGCUUUUGACAUUAUC